AUGAAGACCUUUGAAAACCACCAGAAGGAUACCUGGCUCUACACCAACCCCAUCAGCACAAAAAUAGCUGCUGCAUGCAGCUUCUCGAAAAGGGAUGAUGGUACGGAGCGUUCGAGUGCAGUCUGCUGGUAUUCACUACACUUUGCCGUGCAGAACCGGCUUGGGGAUUUAGUCGAACUUACCCAACCUGAGGAUUGGCAAUGGUUCCCAACCAGCGAAAAUGUAGCUGACAUUUCGCGCACACUCGCAUCACCACUGACGACCGUUCGUUCCGAGGGCCAGAAUUCUUACGAGGAACAAGUGAAGCCAAUCAUCAGAGCAGCAGCGAAC